AAAUGUCCAUGAAAGUGGAAUUAGAGGUGUUUGAUCUCAACAAGCUCCUCUGACAACUUUCAUAAUCCCGUUACAGUCCAAAUAUUUAUAAUCAAAUUAUGUAGAGGGUUUCAUAGAGAAUGAUAAAGCGACUAAGCUUUGCAGAAUACUCGAACUCGUGAUACAAAAUCAUUUUAAAUUAAAUUCAAAUAACUUCCCCUCUUCAACUUCCUAAUAACUUUUAGAACUUUUAGGUAUGGCCCCUAAAAAUUCUAAAUCGCUAUCUCUAAUCAUUUGAUCUCUACUCUUCGUAACUUCCAGAACGAUGUAAAGACAAAAAAGUAGAGAAAGGAAAAUUUGUUGGAUGUUAUAAUGUUUCUUCAGAAAGAUCGUGCAACAAAUAAAUUGUGAUAUACACACAUUCGCAAUUAUACCAAGCUAGUUGAAGUGUUCACCAUCAUCUUCCUGGUACUCCAAAUUUCCGAGUUUCACAGAUAAUUUAGUGUUAAAGUGAAAGUCCGAGCGUUAAGAUGCAUUCGCCAGUGUCCUAUAACAGUGAAAAGAAAAUUUGGCGCGGUCCAAAUAAAGUGGCAUGGUUGUUCAAUGAAAAAGCUAAUUUGGGGAGGAUUAUUCUUAGUUUCCUGGCCAGAGAUCCCCGAAAAGUGGCCCAGAUCAGUGAUAACAAUGGCAUAAGGAUGACCAACCGGGAACUUUCGUCGGACACUGAGAAGAUUGCCGGUGGCUUGAGACGUAGGGGAUGCCAAAGGGGAGAUGUGGUUGGUUUUAUGGCUAGGAAUGGUCACAAUUUAACACCAACAUUGUUUGCAUGUUUCCUCCUCGAAGCUCCAACUCAUGCCAUGGACAUCCAUCAAGAAGAAAAUGAAAUCUAUGGCCUGUUUAGUAUCACUAAACCCAAAUUCAUCUUCUGUGAUGACGAGAAGAUUCCCCUGGCAGAGAAGGUUGUUAAGAGAUUGCACAAUUCGCCCACGAUUAUCGUGUACGGGAGAAAAGUACCAAACUAUAUUCACAUUGAAGACCUAAUGAGAGAAGGCGAUAGUGAUGAGUUAAGAAAGGAGAUCUACGAGGAGUCCUGCAGAGAAAGUGAAGCCAAAUAUCAUAUAAUUGUAAGCUCUUCAGGAACAACUGGACCAUCUAAGGCAGUUUGUGUUCCUUACCAAACACUUCUUGUACCUCAUUGGACUAAAGAUAUUAGCAGCACCUCAACGGAAUAUUUGUUCAGCUUUUGCACACUUUUCUGGUCCGUCAGUUACCUUGUCCUCUUCAUGAGCGUCUUUCAAGGCAUUACACGCAUCAUAACUACUGAAACAUUUAGUCCUGAACUAUAUAUACAUAUAAUCACCAAGUAUAAAGUAACUCAUACAAUUAUGUCACCGUUAUUCCUGGAACAUAUUCUAAAUUCUCCUAAAUUCACAUCCUCAAGCUUGUAUCCCCUAAAGUAUAUUUGGGUUGGUGGAAAUAUCAUUUCAGAGCAAUUGCUUAGGAAGUUGCUGCCCCACAUUCCUAGCAAAGACCUACUGAUUUCAUAUGGAAUGUCCGAAACUGGUGGGAUAUCAAGAUAUUUAUACGACCCAACAAGGUCAGUAAACGUUGGGUUCAUCGAUCCUGGUAUAGAAGGGAUUGUUGUGGAUGAGGAAGGGCGUAAAUUGGGCCCUGGUGAGCAAGGAGAGAUAUGUUUCAAAACGCCUUAUAGUUUAUUUGAAUACAUGGGAAAUCCGGAAGCUACUGCAGCUUUGAGGGAUUCAGAAGGGUAUCUACACACAGGGGACUUAGGGUACUACGAUGAGGAUGGUUAUCUUCGUAUCGUGGGACGGUGCAAAGAUGUGAUUAAGUACUUCAUGGACCAUGUUUCCGGUUCAGAAAUUGAAAGAGUUGUAGGGAAUCUUCCAGGAGUUUUGCAAGUGGCUGCUGUUGGGAUCCCUGACGAAAAAUGUUAUCAACUGCCGGCAGUUGUUAUAGUUAAGCAGGAAGGGGCUUCAAUUGUUGAAAAAGAGGUUUCUGAAGUUGUAGCCAGAGAACUCCCUAACAGCCACAGACUCAGAGGAGGGGUAUAUUUUAUAGAUAAGUUGGCAAAAACUUAUUCAGGAAAAUUGAAGAAAAAAGAAAUUGAAAAAUAUGCUAAGGAGCAGUAUUUUAUUAUGAAGAAAAGAGAAUACAUUUAAGAAAGUUUUUUGGCUCUGAUUGAGUAAAAGAUUGAUAAAAUAUAUUCACAAAUUAUAUAAUCUAAGCGUAUGACAAUAGUGAAAUAUUAUUGUCAAAUGUAAUAUCAAAUAGUUGUAAACCAUCUUGAUAUCUCAGACAUGGCUUAAAGAUAUUUCUGAUUAAUUUUACGUUUUUAAUUAACUAAAUAAAUGAAAAUUUACUGUCGAAAA